AGGGGGAAGUAAUCAUUCGUGUUUGAGGAAGAUGGCGUCUGCGAAGAAGUCUGGGAGCGGUGUUCUUGAAAAAGCAGUCAACAGAAGACGCUCGUCAAAACACAAAGAGGGUCCAAUAGGUGUUGAGGGGACAGGACGCACAAGGACUUCAGCAUGAGUUCUGACGAGGUGAUGGACACCAAGGCAGUGUUCACUGCUUUAUAUGAUGUGUGUGAAGAAAAUGCCGCCUUCUUCUCUGGGGCCACAAAGGGCCAAGCCGGGGACGCAGCUCAGCGCCUGGUGGAUGCCAUGACCACCAUCCAGGAGCAUGCCCGGAGCCUGGAGCCUGUCAUCUCUGGAUUCGCUGCCAUCUAUCACCAUUUUGACUUUGACCCUCAUAUCCCCGCCAAUGGAUAUCGCUCCCUUGUUAAGGUGGUGCGCUGUUGCCUCCUCCACAUCAUUCACAAAGGGCGCUAUAUCACAUCCAACAGACGAAGCAUCUUUUUCCGCGUGAGCCACAGUGCAACAGAGAUGGAGGUGUACUGUAGCGCUCUGUGCCAGCUCAGGGCGCUGCUUUAUCUAGCUCAGAGACUGCUUCAUGACAACAGCCAAGGCAACCUCUUCUUCCAGGAGGAAAGUGGCAUCAGUCAGAGCUUCCUGAGAGAGUACGCCUCCAUGCACAAGGGCUGCUUCUACGGCCGCUGUGUUGGAUUUCAGUUCACUCCUGCCAUCCGUCCAUUCCUGCAGUCAAUUGCUAUUAGCCUGGUAGCCUUUGGAGACAACUAUAAGAAGCAUCAGUCAGGGAUAGUGGAGGCAGGAGAUAUUGCUCCAUAUGGUGUAGCAGCUAGUUCUUUACUUACCUCUGGGAAGUAUGCCAUUGACCCUGAUCUGAGAGGUCAGGAAUAUGAACGCAUCACUCAGAACCUGGAUGUUCAUUUUUGGAAGACAUUCUGGAACAUAACAGAGACUGAAGUUCUAUCAAGUCUGGUGUCUAUGACGGCCACACAGGUGAAGGUGAAUCGAGCUCUUUCUGUUCCCCCCAUGCCCUUUGACCUGCCGUUGGUGGCAGAUCCCACCCACACGGUGACUGUGUCUCCUCCUGCAGCUCAUAUUGGCCCGGGGCCUGUACAGAUGAGAUUGAUCUCUUAUGAGCUGAGAGAAGGACAGGACAGUGAGAAAUUACUAGCACUGUGUCGCUCAGAGGGGGGCCCGAUAUCUCUUUCUUUGGGCCUGAAGACGAAGCGCAGUCCUCCUUCCCCAUGGCUGGUGUUGCACUUUCACGGAGGAGGCUUUGUGGCACAGACUUCCAAAUCACAUGAGCCGUAUCUGAGGAGCUGGUCUCAAGAUCUGAAUGCCCCCAUCCUUUCGGUGGAUUAUUCUCUGGCCCCUGAAGCCCCAUUUCCUCGGGCUUUGGAAGAAUGUUUCUAUGCCUACUGCUGGGCCAUCAAGAACCACAACCUGCUAGGUUGGACCGGUGAGCGUGUGUGCUUGGCUGGUGACAGCGCAGGAGGAAAUCUGUGUGUGACUGUGUCCAUGCGGGCUGCUGCUCAUGGCGUGCGCAUGCCGGAUGGCAUUGUCGCCGCAUACCCUGCCACCCUGCUCACCGUGUACGCCUCGCCAUCCCGCCUGCUCAGCCUCAUGGACCCUCUGUUGCCCCUCAGUGUGCUCGCACGCUGCCUCAGCGCUUACGCAGGCACAGAUCCACAGGUGGAGAAGCAGGUGGAGAAGGUGAGCACUUUGAGCAUAGUGAGGAGAGAUACUGCCCUGCUGCUCCGAGACUUCAAACAAGGGGCCUCCAACUGGAUCCAUUCACUGCUGGACAGAGGGAGCGCAGACUCUGUAAGAAAGAGUGUUUCAGAAGCGUCUCUGACCUCUCCUCAUGCAGACCCUCCGGUGUCCGGCAAGGAGUCUGAAUACUCCCUGGAGAAGGGGUCUCUGAAGAGCCAGACGUGUCAGGACUUGGGCACACAUGCUAACAGCGGUGCCAGCAAUGUACAGAAAAAUGCCAACCACCUUAGCACCACCACAGCGAACCACAACUCCAUCCUUGACAUCACACUGACACCCGAGAGCAAGCCUGAGGAUGUGAGUUUCUUCCUCUGCAAAGAAGUGGAUCCCUCAGUAUCAGAAUCCUUUUCAUUUGUGGCCAUCCCGCCCCCUGGUGGUCAGGAGGACUCUGAGAAUCCCCGGGAGUUUCCAGAGGGCUUUGAGCCUCUGCGUUCGGAGCAAUUAGCAGAGAUGAACAUGCAGAGUUCUCCCAUUGUCAGAAACCCCUACAUGUCCCCUCUUCUGGCUCCAGACAGCAUGCUAAAGGGACUACCUCCAGUACACAUAGUGGCCUGUCAUCUGGACCCCAUGCUAGAUGACUCUGUGAUGUUUGCCAAAAGGCUGCGAAAUAUCGGUCAGCCAGUGACCCUGUGUGCUGUGGAUGACCUUCCUCAUGGCUUCCUCAGUCUGUCCCAGCUCUCGAGGGAGACUCGGGAAGCUGCUAACAUAUGCAUGGAGCGAAUCAGGGAUGUCUUCACCAUGAAAGACCCUCCCCCAGAAAUGCGUAUGCACCGCAAACUGGAACGGACCAACCAGAAGCCUUCUGCUACCAAAAGAGACCACACUCAGCUUUCGCAAGUGACUGUGCAGGAGAAGGAGGAGGAGGAGGAGGAGGAAGAGGAGGGGGGAGGGGCUUCUGUUGUGCAUGAGGAAGGGCUUACUGGUUUUUACCCUCCCACUAAAGUUGAAGCUGAAAAGAUUCCAGCUUAGAUUUUGGCCUGAAUGAUACCAAAAGAGAUACAUAUGGGUAGAGUAAGGUCAUAUCAUGUGAAUAAUGCAGUGAUUAUAGCCAGGGGUGCACAUAAGUGGUCCGCAGGUCCGCAUGCGCGGCCAAAAUAAAAAAUGAGCUAUAUAAAAAAGUUCUGACAGCGCAUUUGCGUACUGACAUGAUUGACAGCUGUUAAUACACAAUUACCAUUUAAGAUCGACAAACUGUACUAUAUAAGAUUUCUUUUCCAACUGAAAGCAUCAAUCUAGGCUAUCCCAUGCCAUUUUCAAAGCACAAUGCAAAACUGUUACAUUCAUUCACUGAUGCUCUUUAAUCAGCAGCAGCGCUAAAUCCGGAAGCGCGUAUACUUACUUGCCGGCAACCCGCCAAAAUAAAAGCCUGCUGAUUUUAAGUUUGAAAAUGAUAAAAACGCUUUUAUUUAUUUAUUUUUAGACGCUUUUAUCAUUGGGAAAUACAUAAAACGAUUCUUCUUAAAGAGGCAAAAAAAGAAAUUAGUAGUAAAUAUUAGCAUUUUAUUUUAAAGUUUACUAUUAAAUAAUUGUAUUUGUAUUUAAUAUGAGGCCUACCUUUUAUUUUUAAUAAUAUUAUUAUUUAGUUUAUUAUUUUAUUUUAAAAAAAAACUAAAUAAAUUAAGUGCAAUAAUAUUAUAACUAUUAUUAAUUUAAAUUUUUAUAGUUAUAUUUAAUGGGUCACGCUAUAUGCAGUGUGAGGACCAAACCAAAUCUCCAGGCUGAAAAAAUGAUGUGCACCCCUGAUUAUAGCGGACUAGAGUACAAAGAGAAAAAUAAAGGAAUAAACCAACUAUUAAAUGUAAACUUAUGAAAGACACAAUUAAGUAUGUAGUUAUAGAGUGGAUAAAGUUCACAUUAGAACACCUCCAGCAUUAUUACUCAAAUGUGAUUGUGUACACUUGCUCUCCCUUUACAUCUGUUUACCACCUUGCCUUUUGUUGCGCUAUACCAGCACAAAAAUGAAUAUCCUGCCUUGAACAAAAACAUCCCAGCACAUAACCGUCACUGAAAGACAUUACAAAUGGAUGUAUAAACCCAAACCUCACUACUUAUAGCACUAUAACUGUUCUUAUAUGUUAAUGAAAUCGGUCUACAAACUGUGAUUCAAUAUUAUACAUGUGUGCUACAAUUUAAACUCAAUAGAAUGCAUUGCUGCUAGGCAGGCAAGAGCAUUUAUUAAUGGUUGAUUUUUUUUUUCUUUAUAGUAGCUUUUGAAUUAUUUAUGACACUGAAUUAUAAUAUGUUGUUACUGUGUAUGUUAAUCACCCUUUAUUAAUCUGCCUGCCUCUCGGCUCCUAGAGGACGUCCUGUGCGAGUAGCGUUUGAAUAGGAUUUCUGAUGCUGCUUUGUCCUCAUGGAGUUGGGUGUUUAUGAAAUGCAAUUAAUCGUGAUCCAAUUUCCCACAAGCCUUCUGUGGAACGAAAGCUCAAGUUACACAAAACCGCACUGAAUUUGUGAUGUAGUGUUACUUGUGUUCUAUGGUGUCCAGGCUUGUUAUACUUAAAAUAAUAGUCCAUUAUGUUAUAUAUUAUCUUCAUAACAGCUUUGUGAAUUGUGUUUGGUUUGCUGUAAAGUGCUAGUUCAUCCAAAAUUGAAAAUUCUGUCAUAAGUUUUUCACCCUCACAUCAUUUCAAACCUGUAUGACUAUUUCUUUAAGAACGUUUCAGCUAUUUUUGCCCAAACAAUGAAAACCACUGGGGUCUAAAACAAACCACACAGGGCUCCUUUGACUUUUAAUUUAUGGGCAAAAAAACUGAGAUUAUGUUCCACAAAACAAUGAAAGUCAUAGUUCUGGAAUGACUCAAAGUGAAUAAAUAAUGCCAGAAUUUUCAGUGUUUGGAUGAAUUUACCUUUGAAGUCUUAAGUGGUGUUGAAGUGGCAUAAUUUGACUUGUUAAGAUUUGUUUGUUUAUCAUAAUCAUACUAUAACCACAUUUAUCCAUAAAGUUAAACUAUAGAUUAGUUUGCUUGUCAAAAAGACAAGAAUAUAUAUAUACUGAUUUAAAAACUGGACACUCCAUCACCACCUCUGGGUCAUUCUCUGACCUGUCAGCACAAGUUUCCAUUACUUUUCCCUAUCCCUAGUUCCUUCAGUCUUCAGUUUGUUUCCGUUUGUUAACAAUUGUGUCAUCUGUCCCUGUGCACGCUGACCCAUUUUGAGCACACUCUUCAGUUCUCACCCAGCCUGUCCUAGAGGUAUUUUAAGCAGACUCCCUUAACACCCAGCAACCUUGAGCCAAUGAAAUCUUUCAGCUUGCACAUGUGUGAUGCAUUCUGCUGUGAUAGCGUGUCUCUAUUUGAAUCAGGCUUCCUCUUUCUCUGGCACUAAUUGACUCUAUUGACGCUCCAAAAAAAAAAAAAAAAAACAUUUUGCCACUCCAUGAAGUUUAUUAGCGCUAUAUGGGAGGUUUGGGCCUUUGUGUGCACAGCUUUGCUGAGUGUGUUUAUACAGAGCACAUAUCCUAUUUAAAGUAUUGUCAACUUUAUUAUGAAACGAGUUAUAACUCCACUUGAUGUCAUUUUAAGCUAUGCUCAGCUAAGUGGCACAAUGCGACAUGUCUUUUGGGACUUUAUAUAUCCCCGGCAAAAGCCUCUUCUUUAUCGGUGUGUCUGUGAUUGGAUUAAUCCAGAGCUAUGUGCUGAGAGAAAACAAUGCUCCAUCUGCUGAUUGCAGCAUUUGAGAGUUAUUUUAUAAGAGUGUCACGAUAUCAAAAGAUUUGCUUGCUUGCUCUUUUCACCGUGUCAGAGCUGCUCCUUUGUGGUGACAGAUUUGAAAUACCAAAUCUUGGUUACUCUGCAGAUUCUGUUGACGUGCGUAUGUUACACAUGUCCAGUCAUUUGUGCUUCUGGGUAUUUUUGUCAGAUGGUUCCUGUUUCAGUCAGUAUGUGCAUGUUCAGAAACUUGUUUGUCGCACUUUGUGUUAUAGUGGUGCAUGAAAAAGCUUCUCGAUGCCAUUGUGCUAGUAGAUGCGAAGGCCAUUGUGUGUAGUCCCUUCAUGGAACCAUGACUAAAACAACCAGAACUAGGACAGGAAUGAUAAGACACUGACGCCCUCUGGUUAUCCGUUCCAGUCGAGCCUUUUUUUUCUUUUUGCAUUUUGGGUUGGACAAUGUAACCUUGAAUUCACUGCUGAGCAUUUCCACCUGGUUUUUAUUUUAUUUUUUUUCACUUUUUGUUUUUUUGUAUGUGUGACUCUCAAACUGCCUCCCUUUAGAGAGAGAUUACUCAUUCAUCUCAAGAGUGUUAUGUAAAACACCAUGUUAAUUUAGUCCUGUUUAAAUGGCUAUACCCAUGUUACUGAGGCGAAACUGUGCCGCAUCAUCUCCCCUCAGAGACACAAGCCCACUGAGUCAUGUCACUGCAUUUUACAUCUGUUCUCAAGACUAAUAGUCAAUCUGUCACUGACUUGGAGUUUUAAUCAGUAGGUUGGUGUUUUGUUUUGUCAGAAUUGAUUUGCUGCAAGUGGUUUUGAGCUCCUGUCCUUUUGAAGUCCACUGACGGUGAUGUUACACUCUUUAAGUGCAGCCUGUAUUGACCACUGCAGUAUCAUUUGCAAGGGUGCUAAUGUCUAUUCUCUCCUCAUUUUCACUGCCGUCAUUGAGUGAUA